AACAAAUGAUCAAUAUGACAACUAAAAGAGAGGAAAGCUUUCUGACCACAAAAGUAUCUGAUCGCGUGAUUACAGUUGAAAACGAAUAAAGAUCGACUUAUAACUUUGUUAGAAGAAAUUAUUUGACAACUACAUUUGCCACAUUAGCAAACAGACAAACUAAUGGAGUCUAUAAUGUUGCUUUCAAUACCCCAUGUUGCCAACCUUGUCCAUAGCCUUGUCCACAACCUUAAGCAAUGCCCAUGCCAAUUUAUAUUCCAAUGCCAUAUCCAUAAUAAUGUGAAAAGGAGUGCCAUUGUGAAGAAGAAGAAUAAUAUAAGGAGGAAGUUCUUAUAUUGAGACAAAGAGUGGCUGAAUUAUUAAACAGAUAGCCAUAAGUAAAAGUCGAAAAAGAGACAGUCAAAGUUGAAAAUACAACUAGAGUAUUCUAGCAAUUUAAAUUUUUAGAUAGCAGAUUUGUCUAUGGAAAUAGAAAGAUUAAAAAUAAAUCUGAGAAAUGAAUAGGAUAGGUUGAGAUAAAAGGAAGGAGAAUAUAUGGAAUUGAGAAGUGAUAAUUCAUCAUAAUCUUUGAAAGAUAGGUUGGCAAUCUUAGAAGUAUUUCAUUUUAAUAAAAUAGAGUUAAUUAUACAAUUCAAAAUUGGAGUUAGAAAAACUAUAAGGCCUUCUUCAAUAGAAGCUUUAAGAAUUAGAUGAAUGGGAAUAAAGAUAUCACCAUAUGGAAAGUACUGUUACUGUAGAGAGUACUGAAACUGUGACUUUGACUAAUGUAAUCUCUUAUUCUCUAUGAAGGAAGUUGAAGUUUGGAAGUCAAGAUUUAAGAAAUUAAACAAUGACUAUUUUGAAACAUAAGAAAAAUUGAUUAUGGCAUAAGCUGAAUUAGAAGCACUUAAAAAGGGCGGUGUCACUGAAGUUAAAUCUGUGACUGUCCAAUAGAAUGUGACUAGUUCCUCUGUAAACAGAGUAAUUGAACAAUCCUCAAGAGGAUCUAGAAUCGUUGAUCCAAAUCUGGUUGGAAAACUAUAUCCCUGAAGUUUUUGAAUCACAAUUGAAAAGACAAUAUAAAACAUAUUAAUAUAAAAUUAUUUAUAA